AUGGCCUUCCAUGAUGCAGAGUGGCAGAUGUGCCCUACUAAUGAAUAUGGGGUAAGACUAAGGAGAUUUUCAGCUAGAAUAUUUAAGGUGCCUCCUGGGUUUAUCUUUCGUUAUCCUAAAAUGGGAGAGGAGCAAGCCCCGGGAAGCUUCGGCUCAAGCAGAACUGAGGUCCGAGGGCGGUCUGGGCUGGAGGCGGGACCUGAGGGGGGCGGGGGGGCAGGCCUACGAGGGACGCCGUCGCAGGAGCCCACGCCCGUCGAGCCCCGCCCCGCGCUUCCCAGGGCCUCCCCUCGGGGCGGGCGGGGCGCGGCGCGGAGGGCGGCGGGGGCGGCGCCACGGGCCGGGAGGCGUGCCUGGGCGGGGCGCGCGUCAGCUGACUCCGCCGCUCGCGCGCUCGGCGCUUCCUCCUGGCGGUCCCCGCGGAGGUCAGGCGCCCGGGCCGCAGCUCCCGCACGGCAGAGCCCACCGGCCAUGCAGCACCGCGGGCUGGGGCUGCCGGCGCUGCUGGCGCUGCUGGCGGCGCUGGCCCCGCGCGCCUCCGCCGUGCCGGAGCCGGCCCUGUGGCCUAUGCCGCUCUCGGUGAAGACGUCUCCGCGCCUGCUGCGGCUCUCCCGCGACAACUUCUCCAUCGCCAACGACCCCUCGUCCACCGCCGGCCCCACCUGCUCCCUCCUGCAAGAAGCGUUUCGGCGGUAUCAUGAAUACAUAUUUGGUUUCAACAAGAGGCAGCGUCGCCCUGCUAAACCUAAUAGUGUGGUGGAGUUACAGCAACUUGUCGUCACGGUUGUCCUGGACUCAGAGUGUGAUCUUUUCCCCAGCAUCACUUCGGAUGAGUCCUAUACUUUACUUGUGAAAGAACCAGUGGCUUUCCUCAAGGCCAACAGAGUUUGGGGAGUACUACGAGGUUUAGAGACCUUUAGCCAGUUAAUUUAUCAAGAUUCUUAUGGGACUUUCACCGUCAAUGAAUCCAACAUUAUUGAUUCUCCAAGGUUUCCACAUAGAGGAAUUUUAAUUGAUACAGCCAGACACUUUCUGUCAGUUAAGACUAUUCUUAAAACUCUGGAUGCCAUGGCUUUUAAUAAAUUUAAUGUUCUCCACUGGCAUGUAGUUGACGACCAGUCUUUCCCUUACCAGAGCGUCACUUUUCCUGAGUUAAGCAACAAAGGCAGCUAUUCUCUGUCUCAUGUAUAUACACCGAAUGAUGUCCAUACAGUGAUUGAAUAUGCCCGAUUACGAGGGAUUCGAGUCAUACCAGAAUUUGACAGCCCUGGACAUACACAGUCUUGGGGAAAAGGUCAGAAAGACCUCCUCACUCCAUGUUACAAUGAACGUAAGCAGUCUGGGACCUUUGGACCUAUAAACCCUAUUCUGAAUUCAACUUACAGCUUCCUGUUUCAGUUUUUCAAAGAAGUUAAUAUGGUGUUUCCAGAUGACUUCAUUCACUUGGGAGGAGAUGAAGUGGAAUUUAAAUGUUGGGAGUCGAAUCCAGAAAUCCAGGAUUUCAUGAAGCAGAAGGGCUUUGGCAAAGACUUUAGAAUACUAGAAUCUUUCUAUCUUCAAAAGCUUUUAGAUAUUGUUUCAACUAUAAAGAAGCGAUCCAUAGUCUGGCAAGAGGUUUUUGAUGAUCACGUGAAGCUUCUGCCAGGCACAGUUGUUCAAGUAUGGAAAAAUCAAGCAUAUCGUGAGGAACUACGUGGAGUCACAGCAGCUGGCUUCCCUGUGAUCCUUUCUGCUCCUUGGUACUUAGAUUGGAUUAGUUAUGGACAAGACUGGAGAAAUUACUAUAACGUAGACCCUCUUAAUUUUGAUGGUUCUCAAGAACAGAAAAAACUCGUCAUUGGUGGAGAAGCUUGUCUGUGGGGAGAAUAUGUGGAUGCAACUAACCUCACUCCAAGAUUAUGGCCUCGGGCAAGUGCCAUUGGUGAAAGACUCUGGAGUCCGGCAGACAUCAGAGGUAUAGAGAGUGCCUACAACAGACUGACAGUUCACCGCUGUAGGAUGGUCAGACGGGGAAUAGCUGCAGAACCGCUUUUUACUGGAUAUUGUAACCAGGAGUACAAAACAUAAAAAUGAGCCUAAACAAGGAAGAAAAUAGGAGAGGACAAAGCCACAAUCAAUCAACUUGAUUUUGAAAUCAUGGAAAUUAAGAUUUGGUAUACCAUUUUAAAUAAAAUACGUAUCUUUUUAAAAAUGG